GCCGCCGGUUUCCGGCCACAGGGGUCUGAGCGAGUGUUUACGCCGGCGACUCUGCGGCCGGGUUCCUUCCGCGGGACGGGGAGAAAGAGAGAGCGAGAAAGAGAGAGGAUGUCUCUCUCAGACUGGCAUCUGGCAGUGAAGCUGGCUGACCAGCCACUUGCUCCAAAGUCAAUUCUGCAGUUGCCAGAGGCAGAACUGGGUGAAUAUUCACUAGGUGGCUAUAGUAUUUCGUUUCUAAAGCAGCUGAUUGCCGGCAAACUCCAGGAAUCUGUGCCAGACCCUGAGCUGAUUGACCUAAUCUACUGUGGCCGUAAGCUGAAAGAUGACCAGACACUCGACUUCUACGGCAUUCAGCCAGGGUCCACGGUGCACGUUCUGCGCAAGUCCUGGCCUGAGCCCGAUCAGAAACCGGAACCUGUGGACAAAGUCGCCGCCCAGAGGGAGUUCCGGGUCCUGCACACUGCCUUGCACAGCAGCUCCUCCUACAGGGAGGCGGUUUUUAAGAUGCUCAGCAAUAAGGAAUCGCUGGAUCAGAUCAUUGUGGCGACCCCAGGCCUCAGCAGUGACCCCAUUGCUCUGGGGGUCCUCCAGGACAAAGACCUCUUCUCCGUCUUCGCUGACCCCAACAUGCUGGAUACGUUGGUGCCCGCUCACCCAGCACUAGUCAAUGCCAUCAUCUUGGUUCUGCACUCGGUAGCAGGCAGCACCCCGAUGCCGGGAGCUGACUCCUCUUCCCGGAGCGUGCCAUCCAGCUCGUACCGGGAGAUGCCAGGUGGCUUCCUGUUCGAAGGGCUCUCAGACGAGGAGGAUGACUUUCACCCCAGCACCCGGUCCACGCCCUCUAGCAGCACACCCAGCUCCCGUCCAGCCUCUCUGGGGUACAGUGGGGCAGCGGGGCCCCGGCCCAUAACCCAGAGUGAGCUAGCCACCGCGCUGGCCCUGGCCAGCACGCCCGAGAGCAGCUCCCACACACCCACUCCUGGCACCCAGGGCCAUUCCUCGGGGACCUCUCCGAUGUCCUCUGGUGUCCAGUCAGGGACACCCAUUACCAACGACCUCUUCAGCCAGGCCCUCCAGCAUGCCCUGCAGGCCUCUGGGCAGCCCAGCCUCCAGAGCCAGUGGCGGCCUCAGCUGCAGCAGCUGCGUGACAUGGGCAUCCAGGAUGAUGAGCUGAGUCUGCGGGCCCUGCAGGCCACUGGGGGCGACAUCCAGGCGGCCCUGGAGCUCAUCUUUGCCGGGGGAGCCCCGUGAACCCCAUGAUGAAGCCCCGGCUCAGCCUGAGCAAGGCCUGAGCAAGAGGCGCUCACAAAGCUCCCUCCCACCUCCCCCAAAUACACCUGACUCUCAACUCUC